UUGUCUCUACAUUUCUUGCGGUGGCGUCGGACGAGCCAAGCGCCAUUUCGCGCCCGCAUCGUCGGAGGUUCUGUUUCGUUCUCUUAGGGUUUUUCGCUUCCCUUCUUUGCGCUCCGGUCUGUUCCUUCCUCCCUGCUGCGGGAAACUUACGCUGCAAGCGAAAAAGCUAGAGAGAGAGAGAGAGAGAGAGAGAGCCUCGCGAAGAUGGCGUGGAACGAGCCGUUCGGCGAGUCUUCGGCUCCCCACCGGCCCGGCCGCCCCAGCCGGCCCUUCUACGCCCCUCCCCACGUCAGGCGGGACGACGGGUACUUCGGCCCCGGCGCCGGGCCGGCUCCGGCUCGGUAUCGCCCCCGAUUCGGCGCCUUCGACGACGCCAGGCCCGCCAGCGGCCGCGGCCGUGGCCGGAGCCGUGGCUACUGGGGCGGCGGCGGCGGCGGCGGCGGAGGUCGCUUCGCCGGACGACGGUUCGAGGUGCGCCGGGACGCUAGCCCCGAGAGGCGUUUCGACGACGCGUCCGAACCGGCUGCCGAGUUCCGCGACCUCGGGGUUACCGAGGAGAGCGGCGAUGGCGGCGGCGAGGCCAUCAACUUCGACGCGUACGAGAACGUGCCGGUGGAAGCCAGCGGGUCCGAGGUGCCGCCGCCGGCGGUGGGCACGUUCGAGGAGAUCGAUUUGGGGGAGGCUCUGAGCCUGAACAUCAGGCGUUGCAAGUACGCGAAGCCGACGCCGAUACAGCGCCACGCGAUCCCGAUAGCCGUCGCCGGGCGCGACCUCAUGGCGUGCGCGCAGACCGGGUCCGGCAAGACGGCCGCGUAUUGCUUGCCGAUGGUCUUUGGGGUCUUGAGCGACGGCGUGACGAGGGAGAGAAACCCGUCGUCGAGAAGAUGCGCGUGUCCCUCGGGCCUUGUUCUGUCUCCGACGAGGGAGCUGGCUUGUCAGAUAUAUGAGGAGGCGAAGAAGUUUGCAUAUCAAACUGUUGUGAAGGUUGCUGUUGCAUAUGGUGGUGCACCAUUUGGUCAGCAGGUUCGCACCCUGGAAAAGGGUGUUGACAUUUUAGUUGCCACGCCUGGUCGUUUAGUGGAUAUGAUUGAAAGAAAUAAAGUCUCUCUUAGAAAGAUUAGAUAUUUUACUUUGGAUGAAGCUGAUCGUAUGUUAGAUAUGGGCUUCGAGCCCCAAAUUCGGAAGAUUGCGGAACGGUUGGACAUGCCACCAUCUGGAGCAAGGCAGACAAUGCUAUUCAGUGCUACUUUUCCAGAUGAUAUACAGAGGCUGGCGUCCGAUUUUCUCUCUGAUUAUAUCUUUCUUGCUGUUGGAAGGGUAGGCUCCAGCACGGAUCUGAUUGCUCAAAAGGUUGAAUUUGUUGAUGAUAAGGAUAAGAGAAGCUAUCUUGCGGAUCUUCUUCGUUCCCAAUCAAAAAAUGGAUGUCUUGGCAGCAAGCAAGCUUUAACUUUAGUGUUUGUUGAGACCAAGAGAGGAGCGGAUGCCCUCGAGAACUGGCUGUCGAGAAGUGGCUUUCGUGCUAUAGCUAUACAUGGAGAUAAAGUUCAAAAGGAAAGAGAGCGAGCUCUGAGAUCGUUCAGAAGCGGAGCCAUUCCCAUUAUGGUAGCGACGGAUGUUGCCGCACGAGGUCUUGAUAUCCCGCACGUUGCUCAUGUUAUAAACUAUGACUUGCCCAGAAGUAUAGACGACUAUGUGCACAGGAUUGGCCGAACAGGCCGAGCUGGUAAAUCUGGGUUGGCAACUGCAUUCUUCAAUGGAAAGAAUAUGUCACUUGCAACAGAGCUCGUGCAACUUAUGCAAGAGGCAAAACAGGAAGUCCCUUCUUGGCUCAGUGAGUGUGCCGAACAGUCAUGUAAUGGUAGCCAUGGCCGGGCUCGGAACCAUAGGGCGAGCAGGUUUGGUGGCAAUGACUUCCGAAGAGGUGCGAAAUCUAGCUACAGGGGCUACUCUUCUUCUAGCGGUUACAGAGAUGCGCAUGCUUAUGGUUCUAGUGAAGAUUGUUAUGCUCACCCUCCCAGCACCGAUGUUUACGGCUACGCUGCUGCUGAUUCGUACCAUUCCGCAAGUCACGGUUACUAUGAUGGUGCUAAUAACGAUUCUCACGCUGGUGAGUCGGACGGUUACGGCACGAGUCAUGGAUCAAUCGUGGCCAGAGGUUGGGAGUAGCCUCGCCUCGCCUCGGUCCCGCUUUUGCAUCUUUAUGUGUUGACACAGCACAUUCACAUAUGGGGUAUAUAUUUUAGCUUUGGCACCGUGAUAGGAGAGCUAUUUCAAGAACACAUUACAGGUUGGAAACUGGGAAAACAAAUUUGGGCUGUUCAGGCUUGGGCAGCUUUUUUACUGUCUCGGAGUUUUUGUUUGGGGGUUUUUUACAGAAGUAGCUUCCAACUUGUGUUCAUCACACUUUACCUGACCUGUUACUGCCUUUACGAAAAGGCAUGCUUCGUUCUCCUCAAGGAUCUUUAACUUUUGAUGGAUGGCCCCAUCUUGUGCUGAUAUAUUGUCGUUAGAAGAUAACCCACCUUCCUAUCGGGUUCCCUGA